AUGCAAUUAUUACUGAUAUGCAGAGGAUACAGAACCACUUCUACAGCAGCACUUCAAGUGCUUGCUGGUAUACCACCAUUAGACUUACAAGCAGAACGGGAAUCCCUAUUGGCAAGAGUGCUGAGACUGGAUGAGAAUGCAACAUUAUGGAAUCAGAACUAUUAUCACACAGACUAUGAAAAGCACAAACCAGUUCUUUUAGGGCACCCCGCAGACAUAGACUUGUCCGAUAGCAUCCAACUUGUGUACGCAUCUUCAAAAAAGAACAGCUUCAGCCUCUACACGGAUGGAUCCAAAACAGAGCGAGGCGCCGAUUCAGAGCAACAAUCUUCAGUGACUCGGCCUCUAGCCUGGCAGCGAUUAGAGGAAAUAAAAGCAGGAGCUCUUAUGUACAAGAGCUCAAAAAAAUUCUUUUGCAUUGCCCUCCCUCCUUACGUCCACACUUGGUCUGGGUCCCAGCUCAUGUGGGCAUCACAGGCAAUGAAAAGGCAGAUGAGCUUGCCAAAUCGGCAGCAAAUGAUAAAAAGCCUGAGAGAAUAUCCUGUGAAACUCCCAACCUCUUAUCUCAAGAGAAGUACUCUUGAAAAUUUAUUAUGCCAGUGGCAGGAAAGGUGGGACUCAGCACCCACGGGUAGAAGGACCUACUCUUUUUUUCCAAAAGUGGGAACUGUAGCAAAAGUCACGAACGGUGCACAGACCCACUUUUUUUCUGGACAUGGACCAUUCCCUACCUAUUUAAAGAGGUUCCACUUAAGCGGAACAGAAUUCUGUGAAUGUGGAGAGGUAGGUGAUCCAGAUCACUAUCUCUUCCAUUGUGCAUCCACCAAACCUUAUCACCUGAGGAGACCAAGUGAUUUAUUUUGGCCACAAUGGGCAGAAACAAUCUGCAAGAAUAGUAUUGCUAAACGCAAAUUGAAUGAGGUAUUAAAGUACUGUGCACAGAGUCAUGCAGGCAUAAACAGAGCGAACACUUCAGAAUAA